AUGUCUUUCAGCUCAACGGUGACAAGUAUCCAAAUUCCGUCGACUCAUCUGGCAUCGUCUGGUAGAGAAAUAGCACUGAGAAAACACUUGGAGAUCCAGAAAGUGCUUCACUCUCCUGCAUAUUAUUUCUCUGCCAAGAGACAUUCAUCUUAUGUAAGCUCAGACGAUGAUUUGACGAAUGCAAACGUCCGAGAAACCAGAAGCCGGAGCAGAAAUUUAGUCGCAAAAAGUCCCUCGAAAUCUCAAAAACUGGAAGAUCCAAAGACUCCGAGAGAAGCAGGCAUAAUUGUUAAAUUUCGCAGGUCGACGGAGCAGAGCCAGUACAAAUGUGAGAUUGCCGAGCGCAGAGCGUCGUUGAGAAACAAUGUGAACACACCGUUAAGGUACCGAGGCUCAGUAACUCCUGACAAAAGCACUCCCAAGAAGAAAGUCAGUCCGAAAUAUAAAACUAGAUCUGCUGUUACGUCAAACGUUACUGAAAGAUUUUCCAGUCUGAAAAUCACCGAGGACAAAGAAAAUGAGUCUGGUGAUUCUGACGACAGUUUGAAGAUGUUUGAUCUGAAACCAGCUUAUGGAAAAAACAAAGCUCGCUUGAUUACGACCAACGAGAUUCAAAAAGCUCUGGAAGAAGUUGAGACACCGCGGCUUACAGAAUUAAGGACCCCGGUGAAAAAAGCUCCUGCAACUCCGAAAAGACUGAAGAGAAUCGUUGAAGAGUCAACGCCUCGGCGUACCUCCAAGACUCUGUUGACUCCAAGGUCGGUCAAGACUCCAAAUACUCAGAAAGGAGUGACUAAAGCUCCAGCGACUCCCAAAGGAACGCCCAGGAGUUUGAAGUUCCUGACACCGUCCAUGAAGUCCAGAAGCGCCGGACCCGCGAAACCUGUUACUGUCUUGGAGAAAGCUCGAGCGCAAUUGCAUGUUUCGGCGGUUCCGAAGAGUUUGCCCUGUAGAGAUCAAGAGUUUAAUGAUAUUUUUGAAAAACUAACUCACGACAACCGCCUUCCACCAUUCGAGUGCGUAGAAAUAAACGGAAUGAAACUUUCAGAACCUAGACAAGCAUACGUCCAAAUCCAGAAGCAAUUGACCGGCAAAACAACGCUUUGGGAAGAAGCCCAGAAGGCUCUAGACAAAAGAUUUACCGGAAAAGACUCCAAGAACUCGAAAGAUUGCAUCACCCUGCUGGUGAUCGACGAGCUGGAUGUCCUGUGUAACAAGAGACAGGAUGUGGUCUACAACCUCCUGAACUGGCCCUCUCAGCCGACAGCGCAGUUGGUCGUGAUCACGAUCGCGAACACCAUGGACCUUCCGGAGCGCGUGCUGAUGAGUCGCGUAACCUCAAGAUUGGGUCUAACGCGGCUGACCUUCCAGCCGUAUAACUUCAAGCAGCUCCACGAGAUCGUGAUAACCAGGCUGAACGAAUCUGACGCGUUCAAGAGCGACGCGAUCCAGCUGGUCGCCAGGAAGGUAGCCGCCGUUUCUGGAGACGCCAGACGCGCGUUAGACAUUUGCAGACGCGCGACUGAAAUUGCCGAGCACCAGGAUUCUAAAGUCGUGGGUAUUUCGCACGUAAAUGAAGCGCUCACCGAGAUGAUUGCCAGUGUUAAAGUACGUGCUAUCAAACAAUGCUCGGAAAUGGAACGUGUUUUUCUCCAGGCUGUUUGCGCCGAAAUCACGCGUACUGGAGUUGAAGAAACAACUUUUAUUAAUGUUUAUAAACAACUUGAUGCUUUGUGCUCCUUUGAAGGUGUUACCAGUCCUAAUAUAACUCAGGCUCUGGGGAUCUGCAACCGACUGAGUGCCUUUAGAUUGAUUAUUUGCGAUGAGCCAAGGUGCGAUAUCCUCCAGAGAAUUUUUCUCAACGUUUCUAGCGAUGACUUUGAAAAAAAAGUUUUAAAAUUACACGAGGAAGGAAAUUAUGAAAAAAUAAUUGAAUUGAGCGGUUCCGUGAAGUGCGAUGAAGCGCAAAGGCUUUCGUGGUUCUGGCCGACAUUUAAUGAUUUGCAGUGGAUUCGGAAUUUAUUAGAUAAUUUUAAGUGUAAGGGAAUUGUAAGUGUCGGUUGUGGGACUGGCCUUUUGGAAUGGAUUAUUCAACAAUAUUUAAAUUGCAACGUAAUUGGAAUAGAAGUUGACAAAUCGUGGUGGCAGAGUAAAUAUUCACCGUCAUUUUAUUUAAACAAGAUAAUAUUUACCUCGAAAAAUAGUCCUGUAAAUAUUCCCGCGGAGUACGCGGUUUUAUUUUGCUACUUCAAUAACAGCGAGGCAUUUAAAAGCUACCUCACUGACUAUCCGGGGCAUUUGGUGGUGGUGAUUGGUCCCGAGGAGGGCAAAAAUCGGCACACGGACCCUCGGCCGUUCGACAAAAAAUUCUCAAAGAUGGGAUGGAAAUUGCACGCCUCAAAAAAACUUGACAAUGGAAUCGAUUGCAUCGCAGCUUACGAAGAAGUAAAAAAGUUAUCAAGCGAAGAAAUUGUUAUCAGUGACUAG